AUGAUGACGUUUCAGGGUUUCGCCAAGGAAGAAAUUGGAGACGCAAUGGAAACGUAAGUUCAUGCUAGUUUUCAAGAUGCUUUGGGAAAGGAACACCACCACCACCAGGGCCAAGUCAGAAGAACAUCGACGGUGAAAGACGAUGCUCUCACUUAGCAUCAGCUGGAGGAACCUUUUUUACCAUGCACAUGAGCAUAAAAAAUGCUGAAAUGAUUUAUGGAUUUAAUUUCGGAAACGUGUUUUGGAUCCGCUAUGACAUGGAAACUUCGAAGAAAAGGACGACUCAAGAACGCUUUCGUGAAUUGGAUUUGGGUUUUUUCAUAAACACAGCAUAAACAGAAAAAAGAGUUGGAACCGUUAAUGGAUGUUUCGCCAACUCAAACGACUGAGUGAUCUGAAUGAAGUAUGAGGAAUAAAGGGCCAAAGAUGACAGUUCAUCAAAAUGUUGCCACUACAUAUCAUUGUGUGAAAUAUGCAUAUUAUAUGGCAUGGAUGUGUGUUACCUAUGUGGAAUCAUUGACAGCCACAAAUAAUGCCACUAAAUAAACUUACUGGUAGGACAACCUUAAAACUUAUGGUCAAUUCGUCACUUUGCAAGUAACCAGGAUAAAUCUGAAACUCAUAAGAAAACUUGAAAAGCAUACAAUGAAACACAUUAAAUAUAUCACCAACGUCUCGCAGAAAAUGUGUAUUGAACGCGUGAAUGUUUGAAAUGCAGCAGGAUUCAGAAAUGCAAACAUAAUCGCGUAAGGCAACAAUUGACUGACAAUUUGCAGUAAAUGCAUGAAAAUCUAUUAUGCAGAAAAGGAGGAAGAUGCAGAAAUGCCCAGUGUUUCCUACGAAGUUCCCUCCCCUUGGGGUCAUUGAAAAAUCUUUAACAUAUCGGAGUACAUAUUAGCAUGUAUGGUCACGUGGUUGAUGCACCUAAAAGCACAGACACGAGCGAUAACACAACAGACACUUGGCAAGUUGCAACCGAGUAAAGCCAACUUGCAAGAAAUAAAAUAAUCAAAGACAAACUAAUUGAAGGUUUCUACACGCAACCUUUGCAACACAGGUAAGAAGCUAGAAAAACUGUACUUUACAUUAUAUAUCAUUAUAUGGAUUCCUAAACAAAAUGGUCUCAACUGACCAAGUAGAUGUCGUUCUUAGCUGAGCGGACUUUUUGAAUCUGUUUAACUUCUUCAAAUUCAGGAAAGGCUUCCCUACAUAGUAUCAUUGCAAGGCUACCAACUAAUCGUGUCAUGGAUAUCACGGUAAACUAUGAGUUGAACUUGAAUGUAACUAGUAAAAUGCAUACUAGCGAUCAUAAACUAACUCCGCCAAAUGAAACAUACACAAAAUGUUUUAUAUUUGCUACUUCAAACUGGCAUGUCAACAUUUUCACAAAUCAUUAAACAGCUUAAUAUACAAUUCCGUGACUUUUUAACACGUGAAACGCUACAUUGACAGUCAUUUAACUGGAUUUGAUAGCUCUAAAUAUCCUAUCCUAUCGAUCGUUAAUUUCACUGAAUUUCUUUCUUUUCAGAACUAUAACGUCGAAAUACACCAAGGUCUCUACCAACUUUAAUCAGCUAUACUGCAAACUUUCUGUAGAAAAUUGACCUUUCCGGGACGAAUGACCGCUUUAGAGGUAUCAAAGUAUUUCUUUGCUUAUGUUUGUCCUGAAAGCAAAAUACUUAGUAAAUGCCGUUAUAAUAUUAAUAAUUUAAAACAGGACCGAGUCCUUUGUAAAAAAUUUUGAAGAUAUUCUGGCAUUUAGAAACUCAAAUUUCAUCAGUCAAAAAGAAAGGCCAAGGAUGUUAAAUUUCAGGUCACUAGAUGUACAACUGCAUCUAGUAGAUGUUCACGAUAUACUGAAUGAAUGUAAAAUCAAGCAAUAUGUAGAUCUUAUGCAAAAGAAACAUAUCUCUUACUAGAAUCAUACCCUUCAACAUUCACGAAAACGUAACUUUUAUUACAAAAUCAAAACGAAUUAUAGCCUCCAUGCCUACCUGGAUCUAACAAGAAAGAACCCUUCUAGGAAAACAUUAGUGAAACUGAGAAUAAGCAGUCACAAACUUAGGAUUGAGACAGGUAGAUACGACAAUAUACCACGUGAUGAAAGGCUAUGCAGUAUGCAGUUGUAACAGAAUUGAAGAUGAAACUCACUUUUUAAUUAGGUUGUCCAAGUUUUUCUUCGAUAAGAAAGAUGUUUUUCUCUAAACUAGAACCUAAAAUACCGUUUCUACGACUACAAUCACAUGAGACCAUAUUAUAUCUAAUGAAUUCUACUGACUAUUUUAUUAACAUCCAAUUAAUAUUAUUUAUAUCAUUUGGCUUUGAAUUGAGAGAAAAACUUGUCUCCGGAAUGAUUAAUCGUACUGAUGGUUGAAAAUAAGCAAUAAUUAAUAUAUUUAAAGUUAUUUUAAAUAUUUAAUUUAAAAAGGAAUCAAUAAUUAAAUUCAAGUCGCUUUUGCAAUACUGUAAUACUUUGUUAUAGUCAAGCAAAUAAACCUUAUUGUUGUUGUUGCUGUUGAUAUAAUUAUCUGUCAAGUAGACGUUCUCAUGACCGAAACGUUAAAGAGUGUCCUAAAUUGUUCUUGAACGGAAUUUUAAUUUUGCUCUUGACUUCACGAGAAAAAUUCUGAAUACACAUUACUUUUGACCUGAACUGAACUGAACAGACUUCUGGUCUAAUUAAGCAUAUAAUUUGUAACUAAAUUUUAUCUGUUCCUAUUGCAGAAUGAAUCAGUUCUUUGUGGAAAGGUGACAGGGAUGUUAAUAGAACUUUUUAAACGGCUGGGGGCUUUUUUCUUGUUUCAUCAAGGAACUACUUCACACAAAGUUGGAUAAGACAAAAGUUAUAGUCCUACCAGGUAAUUUGUACUUACAUCAAGCCGACAGUUUGAAAUCAUCUGUCAAGGUCAUCGAAAACACAAAGCUUGAAAAAUUCAUUGAAAACAAAUCUUACUACAAAAACUGCAAAUUAACUUUGCCCACAUGCACCAUUCACAUCUAUCAGCACCUGAUCAUUAGAUCAGUGAAUCCAUUAAUAAUAAUAUCCCACUCAACACUCAAUAAUUGCACCUUUCUCUGAGUGUGCAAUUUAACAAACAAGUUGUGAUAUUUCUGGGACAAAAAAUACUAAAUAUGAAAAAAAAAUGUAGCGGUCGUCGGAACAUCUUCAAAAACUGACACCUUAAAAUAGAAUAAAAAAUAGUGAAGAAUCAUCACCACAUUCCUCUUUUCUAACAACUUGAAAUAUUCAUGUUGGGGUUCAGUAUAAAUCUGGUUUACAUUUCAAGUUUUCUCACCACUAGAGAGGAUGUGAGAAGUAGCCAAAGCGGUUGUACAAGACGGAAACAGUUGAUCAGACAGCAUGGAGGUCUUAUGCUCCUACUAGCGUAAUGAGACUUGAUGAUGAUGAUGAUGAUGUGAAGAUAGACGUUUAGGUUGAUAUGUGCUUGCUUGGCCUUUUUUAUGUCCAAUAUUUAUCAGUUGCCCUUCACACAACAACAGUCAAUUAACUCAUUUCUAUAUAUAUAGUUCAGACACACAUACACCGGUAUCAUACAUUUUCAUGCAUGGUUAUAAAAUUUCUCUUAUACAGUUGUCAUCACUAGGAUACGGGAGAAACUGUUUUGGUAGGUUAAUCUAAUUUAAACAACACCAAGGCUGAAAGUAAAGGAAGACUGAACAGCAUUUUAAUUCUUUUACGUAUUUAAACAUGAGAGUGAGUCCAAAAUAAGAUUUAUGAGAAGAGUUUUUAUUUUUGUGGAACGUACGAUUAGAACUAGGAAAAAAAGAAAAGGAUAAUCGCAAUAUAAGAAGUAAUGCUCUUCCAACAUCCCAACUAUAGUAUUAAUAAAUUAUCAUUUUAAUUUAGAAGUGAAAGGCUUCCGUGAUACCUUUGACCCACAUGUACUUGACGAUGUCAAUAUUAUUCUUGGCAUGUGUGUGCAACACAAUGUUGCUUGAGAACUGAAACAUUUUAGGUGAUUUUAGUUUCUCCUUGCAACCCUCUUAAAUGUUGUACCUAUUUGAUUUUCAAUUGGUUUCGAGUUCUUAAAAAAAUAGGGAUCCCUAAUGCACACACGUACCCACAAUGAAUAUCCAAAGAACAGCUAAAUCCUUUGUGCAGGUGAAUACACACCAAACUUCCUAACAAACACCCCCAAAGUGACAAAUACGCCUCUGCUCAAUUCGCACCAAGUUUCAAAAAUGAAUACCCAGCAAACUUCAAAAGCCUUUGCUGUGUGAAUAUCUACCACACUUCAUAAUAAUAAUAAUAAUAAUAAUAAUAAUAAUAAUAAUAAUAACAACAACAGCAACAACAACUAAAAGAAGGCCUUCGAUAGUGUGCCCCACACCUGGAUCGUCAAGAGCCUUGAACUCUACAAGAUCUGCCCCACUAUCACCCCAUUCAUGCAGGAAAACAUGAAGUCGUGGAAGACGAUGCUCCACCUAAACCACGAUAAGGGCAUGAUGACAUCCAGAUCUAUCGAAAUCAAAAGUGGCAUCUAUCAGGGAGACUCUCCGUCACCUCUUAUCUUUUGCCUUGCUCUUGUUCCUCUAAGCCCCCUCCUGAACAAGAGUGGCUAUGGGUACAACAGCCCCCACGGCCACCUCUUCUACAUGGAUGACCUGAAGACCUAUGCGAAAAGUAACGAGGAGAAAACGGGCCUGCUGAGAACCAUCAAAUCUUUCAGUGAUGACAUAGACAUAGAGUUUGGAUAGGACAAGUGCGUCAAGGCCAUCUUCAAGAGAGGGAGAUUAGCCGACUCCAGUAA